AUGGAUCAAACGCAAUCCGGCGACUUGAACUGGCGCCUCAGCGCUCACCCGAUCACGCUACUUGUCUUUUUGGGCUUCCGCAUCGGUGCUCUGUUGAUGUAUCUCUUUGGCGUUCUCUUCAUUAACAACUUUAUCCUCGUCUUCAUCCUGACCCUCCUACUCCUCUCUGCCGACUUUUACUACCUGAAGAACAUUGCUGGCCGCCGACUCGUUGGUCUGCGCUGGUGGAACGAGGUCAACACCGCCACCGGCGACUCGCACUGGGUCUUCGAAUCUUCCGACCCCAACGUCCGCACCAUCAAUACCACCGAUAAGCGCUUCUUCUGGCUCAGCAUGUAUGCCACCCCGGCCUUGUGGGUUGGAUUGGCCAUCUUGGCCAUUGUGAGAUUGGUGGGUGUCAUCUGGCUGAGUCUCAUUGCUAUUGCCCUCAUCUUGACUGUCACCAACACCAUGGCCUUCUCCCGGUGUGAUAAAUUCAGCCAAGCCUCGACGUAUGCCAACCGGGCCCUGGGCGGUGGAAUUGUCAACAACCUGGCUGGUGGUCUGCUGGGCAGGCUCUUCAGGUGA